AUGCUCUACGGUACAUUGAAUCAUAUACAAUCAAUUUAUUCAGAUAUAAAUCAAAUUGAAAUAUAUCUUAAACAAACUUUAACACCAAUUAUGGAAUAUGUAUUUAAUGAAAAUCGUUCGAUAAAAAAUUUAUUUUCAGCUAUUGACUAUGCACCAAUGAAAAAAAAUGACGGACGAUCUUUAUUACAUAUAAAACAUCUUUUAAAUCAUUUAGAAUCAAGACAUGGAAUAAAGGCUGGAUUUUUUAGUUAUGAAAAACGAAUAUUAUAUUCUACAAUUGAUGUUGAGACAACAUUUUAUUUACAAACUAUAUUGGGUUUAGAACAUAAUUUACCGCUAAAUGAAAUAUACAUGAGAUUAAAUCCUGAAAUCAAAUUAAAAAACGGUGUAUCAUUAAUUCGAAUAUAUAUUCGUCGACCACCUAGUUUACAACCGAUCUUAAAUGCUAUAAAUACAAGUUCAACAUAUCAUGCUAAUUCUCAAACACAAUCACAUCCAAUUAAUAUAAUCAGUAGUUUAUUAUCAAGUGAAAAUGAACUAUCUCCAAUACAAUUUCAUUCAACUGAUAUGAGUUAUCCAUUAUCAACUAGUGAUAAAAAUCGUUAUAAAUUAUUAAUUGAACAACAAUCAACGAGUUCAUCAGGAGAAACAACAGAUUUUGAUUGCGACCAAAUAAGACGUAUUUCAUCUACCAGUUCAGUUGAUACAAACAGUGUUCGAUCAUCUUUUAAUGAUAAAAAAUUUAUUCCAAUACCACAAUUUUCAAAAGAAGAAUCUAGUUUAAUAUAUUCACCUACAUCUCCUAAUAGCUUAGGAAUUAAUAAAGACAAAAUUGAUAAUCAAUAUAAACGAACACGUUCAAUUCUAACGGAUAAUGACUAUGCAAAUUCUUUAAAAAUAGAUCCGGACAUAUCACGAACAGAUGAUACAAAUAUUACUAGACUCGUAUUUGAACAGAUAGAAAAUGAUGAUUAUGAAAGUGCUUGCCGUGAAGAAGAUAUGAUUUGUUUACCUCCUAUGUCAUUAUUUUCAAAUUAUUAUCGUGGAAGACAACGAACUCUUACAAGUCAUUCAGAUUUAGAUGAUCCUGAAUAUAAUAAUAAUGGAAAUCAAGAAGGACAUGCAAAAUGGGGUGAUGUACCAUCACAAAAUGAUGAAUUUGAACGUGAUGAAUAUAUACUUUAUAUUCAACGAAAUUCACGUAUGCUUUUUGCUGGAAUUAUAGAAAAAAAUUUAAUAACAGAAAAAUAUCUUCAAAAUUUGUGGUGUUUAAUGUUAACCGAAAUGGCAGAUUUGGAUCGAGAAAUACAAAUUAUUCCAAUCUCUGGGGAAACAAGUAAAUAUAGUACUGACAUAAAAUUUCAAUUUAAUGAAAAUAUUCGUCAAACACAAUUUGAACGAUUCUCGGUUGCUAAUCAUUGUUACUAUAAAACUCCUUCAUCUGAUAGUGCAUGUAUGGCAUUUAAUGCACGAACAAAAUUAAGUUUAAAUCCAGAACGAAGAAUAAUUGCACUAUCAAGAGGUAAUAAUUUGAUAUCAAUCAAUCGAACAUUACCUGAUCGUGUAACGUACUCCUGUCGUCGACUUCAUGAGUCGAAAUAA